UUUCCGACAUUGGGAAUUCCCAGAUUUCCGAGGUUGGGAAUUCCCAGAUUUCCAGGGUUGGGAAUUCCGGGAUUGUUGGGAAUUCCGGGCACUCCAGGCCCGGGCAAUUCCGGGUGCUCCUGGCCGGGGUGCGGCCGCGGCUGCGGCUCCCCCUGGGCUGCGCCUUCUUCCGCAGCGCCGGCAGAUCCCGGAGAAAACCGGGAAAAUCCCAGAGGAACCCCGGGGAGGAGCCCCAGGGAACGGCGCGGAAACUUCCGGAAACGGCGGGAAACGAGGAGGGGAAGGAAAACCGGGAAUGCGCCGAGGGCCAGGAGCGGGAAAUUCCCGGGAAAAACGGCCGGGAAUGGCACGGGAAGGAGGACUCCUCUGGAACAUUCCCGCAUUCCCGGGACCCCCCGGCCCAGCAGGAAUCGGGCUCUCCGUGCCCGGCCGGCCUCUUCCCGAUUUUCCUGCCCAGCAGGAGGAGGCCCCUGCAGGAUCUCCCGGCUCCCUUCGGCCCCUCUGGAAAAGCUCCCAGGAAAUCCCGGGAAUCCUCGUGGGAUCAGCUCAUCAUUGACGCGGGGCAGCACUCGCUGGGCCCGCGGCAGUGCGGAUCCUGCGGGAUGCUCUUCGCCCCCGGCGUUCCCGAGGAUCGGCUGCAGCACCUGCGGCACCACCGGCGGCUGCGGCAGGCCCUGCGGCACGCGGGCUGGAAGCAGGAGCGCGUGGUGGCGGAAUUCUGGGAUGGGAAAAUCCUCCUGAUCCUUCCUGAAGAUCCCAAAUACGCCCUCAGGAAGGCCGAGGAGGUUUUGGCCAUCGUGGAUUCCGAGCUGGGCUUCCCGGAGCAGUCCCGGCUUUCCCAGGAGCGUUCCCGGCUUUUCCCGGCGCAUUCCCGGGUGUACCUGUUUGUCAGCGCCGGGCAGUGUGUGCUGGGCUGCCUGGUGGCACAGCCCAUCAGCCAGGCAUUCCGGGUGCUGCCGGAGCCGGGCUUGGCGCCGUUACCAGACCCCCAGGACCCCCAGCACUCCCGGGACCCCCGCGAUUCCCAGCGCGAUUCCCAGCGCGAUUCCCAGCGCGAUUCCCAGCGGGAUUCCCGGCAGGAUCCGUCGCCGUCGCUGCGCGCCUGGCGCUGCUCGCUGAGCCCGGAGCCAGCCGCGUGCGGCAUCAGCCGCCUCUGGGUGCUGGGCUCGCGCCGGCGCCGCGGCAUCGCCCGCAGGAUGCUGGACGCGCUCCGGCGCACGUUCGUGUUCGGGGCGGUGCUCAGCUCCCGGGAUUUGGCCUUUUCCGACCCCACGGCGGACGGGAGAGGCUUCGCGCUACUGCGGCGCCACGACUUCCUCGUCUACAGCCCCCUGGCGCCGGCAACACCGGGAACCACGCCGGGAACCACACCGGGAUCCACACCGGGAUCAUCAUCGGGAGCCAUGGCACCGGAACCACCGGACCGAGGAUCCACACGGAUGCACCGGAUACAGUAUGGGAUCCACCAUGGCACCGGGCUCCACACCGGGAUCAUCAGCAGCCAUGGCACCGGGAUCCACACCGGGAUCAUCAGCAGCCAUGGCACCGGAUCCACAGGGAUUCACGCCUGCACGAUCUGA